AUGGCGUUUGUUAAGGCCUCUACUUGCCCGAUAGUCGGAAACAACCAAUCGGGUAGUAGUUUUUGGAAGAAGACAACGGAUAGAUUUAACACGAUUAUGGAGCAUGGUCCGGCUCGUGAUGUCGAAUCCGUCUCGGGCAAGUGGCGAAAAAUGAUCAAGGUCGUCAACGCCUUUAACCAAAUUUAUAACCAAAUUUACCUUUCUCCUCCAAGCGGGAGUAACGACGAUGACAUUCUUAACCUUGCUACCGCCAAGUGGGACUCUCAAAAUCCAACGCUUUUCCCGCACUUCCGAGCAUGGAACGUUGUAAGGAAAGAACAAAAAUGGAAGCCGGUUCCAAAUGAGGUCGCAACGGCCAAACACACUAAAACUUCCGAGUCCGGAAGUUAUAGUGCGGGAGGCUCCACCGCUCGAUGUCAAAUCGACAUAAACGACGACCCGGAAGAUGACGAGGAUGUGUUGCCCGUUCACGAGUCGGAACGUCCCCCCGGGAGGGACAAAGCAAAAAAAGAAGCGGCCGGAAAGCGAAAAGUGGCCGGCUCGAGUGGAGUGGCGGCUCGAGUGGAGGUAGGGGCGAGAAGGCAUCGUGAUGUUGAAAGUUUAAAGGUGGAAGUGGAUCAGCUUAGGGCUACGGAGUUGAUUCAUCAAAGCUAUGGUGAAGGGCACUUUGAUGAAACCGAUGUCCCAACUCUAUGUGAAAUUUACCGAAGUCCUCGAGUGCCUUUGGAGGAUGCUUCAGAGAUGUUGAGCGAAAUUGCAAAAAAAUAUGCGAGAAAAUGCAGCAAUGUUUGUGAUCAACAUAGUGAUCUUAUUGGUGAUUACACUGAAGAAGAAGAAGAAGGUAAGAAGGAGGUAGAACCUGCUGCCAAUGAUCCCGUGCAUCCGACUGAAGAAGACGGUAAGAAUGAGAUAGAAGUUGCUGCUCAGGCCACUGCAAUCAUUGAUGCUCUUGUGCUUGAGGUGACUAAAGAACAUGGUCAAGGUAGUGAUUCGACUGAAUCUGAUGAUACCGAGGAGGAUAAAUAA